CUACGACACGUGUCCUUCAUUUGAGUUUCGGACUCUGGUAUUUAGGCGCUUCUAAUUACCAUGCCAUCACAAUCCUCCAGUGUUUGUGUUCUCCCCCAAAAAAAUGAGUGCCAACCAGAGACGCAGGCCUAAUCCACUGAGUUAUGAUUCCGAGUCGGAUGAAUCGGGGAUACUCAACGAGCGUAUCCUCCUCCUCGUCUUUGAGUCCAUAAAAUGGGAUUUACAUGUACUUUGCUUCACUGCUUCAGUAAACCACAAGCUUCGAGCUAUAGCGAAGCGCUUACUGUGGCGAAACCUCUGCGUGUAUCGCGCACCGCGCAUGGUAGCAGCAUUGGCUAACGGCGCCCCCAAUGGAAGAAUAGGUGGCGGAUGGGACGCUCUUGCAAAGCUCAUGUUCUUCUGCUGCGGUUGUGAGUCAACUCGCCAUUUCAAGGUGAGUCGCCCUACUCCGGGUCAUUUCGCGAGAGCUUCUCGGUUUUCGAAGACUUCGGGUCGGAGCUUCUUGACCAAAAAGUGUCGGGGUGAUUUGUUGUUUAUAAGUGACCCGUGCGAGCAUCCAAUGGGGGAUAAAGAAGACGAUUUGGGGAUUUAUCGAGGGGUAUUUCGAGGAUUUAUGAGGUCCAAGACGAGAACCUGCUUGAUCAGACGACAAGUGGCGUUCGACGAGAGAGUGAGGUGCCCUUAUUGUGGGACCCGAGUGUGGAGCAUGACGACAGCUCGGCUCGUGCCCAAGAGCGCGGCUAGGCGGCUCGGGUCACCUGACAGAAGGUUAGAGUAUUUUGUUUGUGUGAACGGGCACUUGCAUGGGACUUGCUGGCUCGUGCCUCUGUCGUCCGAUGAAGAAGUUUGCGACGAUGGGGAGGAAGAGGACGUCGAUGAUGAUGGGAGUGAAGAUCUGGACGGCGAUGAUGAAAUCAACGGGGACGCCUGUAGCCAUCAGACGGUGACAAAUGGAAGCACGAGCUCUUUAGGGGAAGAUGUUUUAGGAGACGGGCCCAUCAAUUAAUUGCUAAAUUUGUAAGUGCAGAUAAAUAUCGAUAUUCAUAGGCGUAUUUUAAGAAAGACGAGAUUCAAGCAGAUAGACCGGUGGAUCAGGUUGGGUCUCUCUGCUUUCUGUUAAAUAUGAGGUGUCGAGGAGAGGUGGCUCCCAUGGCUGGCCUCAGGUCCCACCUGUUGAUAGAAACUGAUUUUCUUGGGAUUGAGAAAUAUGACGUGGAGAAUAAUUUACUUUACCGAGACUAAUGCUGACGUGGAUAUUCAUGCCGGAAGAUUUUGUUUGAGCUUUGUGCUUUAGGUAUAGUAUGAACGGCCAAUUGAGAGAGGAAUCUAUUAGUUAGUACUUCAUUUUUCAAAUUCUUCUUUAAACUUUUUUUUUUUUGUUUUUUUUGCGUUGCCUUGCAUUGGAGGGACCAUUUUGCUUCUUGUUGGACUUAUUUCUUGUAAUAAUGCCAUUGUAGUAGUAAUAUACUUCUACUAAAUCGUUUCAUAA